GCCGAGGACUCAGGAGCCUCCCCCUUGAGCCCCCUCGCUUCCUGAAGUUCCCUUCCCCCCUGCCCGCCUUCUCCCGCUGCCGCCGCCUUCCGCAGGCCGUUUCCACCGAGGAAAAUGAAUCGGAUCGUAUGUCCGCUAUCCAGAACCUCCACUCUUUCAACCCCUUUGCUGAUGCAAGUAAGAGUGGUGACCUGCUUCUUGCUGGCACUGAGGAUUAUAUCCAGGUAAGAAUUCAACAGAGAAAUGGCAGGAAGACCCUUACUACUGUCCAAGGGAUCGCUGAUGAUUACAAUAAAAAGAAACUAGUGAAGGCGUUUAAGAAAAAGUUUGCCUGCAAUGGUACUGUAAUUGAGCAUCCGGAAUAUGGAGAAGUAAUUCAGCUACAGGGUGACCAACGCAAGUACAUAUGCCAGUUCCUCGUAGAGCUUGGACUGGCUAAGGAUGAUCAGCUGAAGGUUCAUGGGUUUUAAGUGCAUGUGGCUCACUGAAGCUUACGUGAAGAUUUCCUUGCAAUGAGUAGAAUUUCCCUUCUGUCCCUUGUCACAAGUUUAAAAACCUCACAGCUUGUAUAAUGUAACCAUUUGGGGUCCCUUUUAACUUGGACUAGUGUAACUCCUUCAUGCAAUAAACUGAAAAGAGCCAUAAAAAAAAAAA